GAAUUUCGUAAGAAUAUAAUGGUUAGCAUUAUUUACAAGCGUCUAAUUUCGGGGUUUAAAUGCCCGAAAGAAUGAAUAUUCUUUACAACAACUGAAGAGAGAGAGUCUCUCUUCUAAAUCUGGGGGUCCCCUGUCCCAACCUUGAGGAACUGACCCUAAAGUUCUCUCUCUCUCUCUCUCUCUCUCUCUACGUCCUGCCAAAUCAGCGGCCUUGCUAAAUUAAGCGCCGAUGCGCGUUCCUUUCUGAUGCGAUUGGGGUGUUUCUACGAUUGCCUGAACGGAAACCCUAAUUCACGAACGCAAACCCUAAUUGGCAGUUGUAGAUGUAAUGGGAUGUCGCCUGCAAAUUGUAACGUCUUUGCUGGUUGAUCAGGUAGGUCAUUUACACUUGCCAUUCAAGCGCUACACGCUAUUGGCCUCAAGUUUGGAUUUUGGUCAUGUAGUAGUUUAUGGGUUCUCUUUGGGUUACCUUCCUUAGGGUUUAGAUUUUCUGAUCCUUGAGAUAAUUGAAAGAUGGCUUCUAAUGCAAGGUUUGAUGUGGCUUCAAGUAGUCCAGAGGGGUCUACUUUCACUGCAAACUACCAAAAUGGGCAGCGAGGGGCCUUCUCCGUUCCUGUAGACAGAUCAGGUAGUUUUCAUGAGAGUAUUGAGGGUAGGGUAAUGAAUAGUGGAUCAAACGUGACAAGGGGUGGCAUGCUGCCUCAUUCAGAGAUGCCCCCCCCUUUGUCACAAUGUCUUCCAUUGGAGCCAUUAUCAAUGGGCGAGCAGAAAUUCUCACGACAAGGAGAAUUGAAGAGAGUUUUAAGUGUUUCUCUUGGCAUCACAUCAGAGGAUUCUUCAUUUGGGGCUGCUCAUAACAAGCCCAUGUCUGCGGCAGCUAUUGAGGAAUUGAAGCGUUUUAAAUCUUGCAUCCUUGAGAACACUUCUAAAGCAAGGGAAAAAGCAAAAUUUUUUGGGAACUGUCUGUCUAAAUUGGACAAAUAUCAGCACACUAUCUUCUCUAGGAAGCGGCUACGAAAUGAAAAUUCAUUGAAUGAAAGGUCAUGCACAUUACUACCCGGGGAUCGAUCAGUUUCUAGUGCAAAUUUGAUGAAGAUGGGAACACAGGGUCAUCAAACUCCGAGCAACUCAGAACUUACUUCUCCAAGAUCGGAAGAUCGGAGUAAAAAUGUUCUAAAUAAGCGUGUUCGGACAUCAAUGGUGGAUGUACGGACAGAAGGGCGUGGUGCUGGUUUGUCUAGGCCAGCUGGGUCCACAGAUAGGGAAAAGGAUGCCCUGAGGUCUGCAAAUGUUAGUGGUUCAGAGCAUUCUGAGGAAAAAGCUCGGGUACUGCUGACUGGUGGGGAAAGUUGGGAUAAAAAAAUGAAAAGGAGGCGCUCUGCCAUCAAACCAGAAGUUUCUACUGCUGCAGUAGUGAAUAGGUCCCUGGAGGCUGAUCGUGAACUCAAGAAGGGUUUGCAGCAGAGACUGAAUAAUGAGACACGGUCAAGACUGAGUGAUGUCCAUGGCUUUAGCGACUCUCGCAGAUCUGGAUCUUCCAAUGGAAUUGUUGGCACCAACAAGUUGGAUGGGACUGCACAAACGAGUGUUAUGAGUGUUCGUGCCGCACCCAAGAAUGACCUGGACAAUUCAAACCUCUCUAAUGAGAGAAGGGACCGAAUGGCUGGGGCAGAUAAAGAAAGAGUUAUUGUCAAGGCGGCAAAUAAGGCGAACAUUAGGGACGACAGCUCGGCAGGUAGCCCUACUCCAGUGACCAAAGGAAAGGGUUCUAGAGCGCCACGUUCUAAUGCCGGCGCCUUAAAUAGUUCUUCCCCUAAUUUUCCUCGUGCAUCUGGAGCUCUCGAAGGUUGGGAGCAACCUUCGUCCACAAGUAAGGUCCAAGCCAUUAGUGCGGCCAACAAUCGCAAGCGCCCGAUGCCUGCAAGGUCACCUUCACCUGUAACUCAGUGGGCUCGUCAAAGGCCACAAAAGAUGUCUCGUAUUGCUCGAAGAUCAAAUUUGGUCCCUCCUGUUUCAAUCCGAGAUGAUUCUCAGAUAUCGUCUGAGGGGUUUGCAGCUUCUGAUGUGGGAACCACAAGAGUGGCUUCUAUGGAAGCUACUGGACCAGGAGUUGGGAGACGUGCGUCGAACAGUGCCCAACAAGCUAAAUUAAAGUUUGACGUCAUCUCUUCCCCUGCUGGAAUAUCAGAAAGCGAGGAAUCGGGGGCUGCUGAAAAUAAGCUGAGGAAGAAGAAUGGUGAGAUGGAGGACAAAGCUCUCAAUAAGGUAUCAACCAUUGCAUUGUCUUCAAAGAAGAAUAAGAUUCUUUCGAAAGAAGAUUCUGGGGAUGGUGUGAGGAGACUAGGAAGGAGUGGAAGAGGUGUGGCUCCUUCGAGAACAGGCCCAUCUUUAAUGAGGGAAAAGUUUGAAAACACAGUUUCAAUGAAUCAGCUGAAGAGUACACGGCCUGGUUCUGAUAGGAUUGAAAGUAAGACAGGAUCUGGACGCCCGCCUUCUAAGAAAUACUCGGACCGUAAGGCAUUUACUCGUCCAAAGGAUGUUCUUAAUAGUGGUUCCUCGGAAUUUGCAGGUGAAUCAGACGAUGAUCAUGAAGAACUGUUAGCAGCUGCUGAUUCAGCCAUCAAUGCCGGUUAUCGUGCUUGUUCAAGCCCAUUUUGGAAGCAAAUGGAGCCAAUAUUUGCUUUUGUCACUGCAGAUGACUUGGCAUACUUGAAGUAUCAGAUAAAGCUUGUGGACGAGUUUGAUGGAAGCGUUUGUAACCCCUUGGUCCCUGAUCAGAUUGGAAAGGAUGCAAAUGGAUGCACUGUAAACCCAUCAUCUCCAGCUCUUUCUUCAGGAGAUAAACAAGUGGUUCUACAUAAUGAAGUUUGUCCUAAUGAAUCUGGUAGAACUGGGAGUUCUGUGGACGAGUCACUGGAUUUUGAGGCCUUGCCUAAGAAACUUGGAAGGGACCGAUGGCUGGAGAAGAUGAUUCCACUUUCACAGAGACUCAUUGCUGCUCUGAUUCAUGAAGAUGACUUGGAAGAGUAUAACCCCCCUUGUCGACAAGAUGAUGAGCCUUUUCAGUACACCAGUGAUGAUUCUCCUUGUGGUACAGGUAGCCAUAUUGAAAGUGAAUCCAAAGAUGCCGACAAAAUGGAAUCUGAGAUUGAGUCAGAAGCAGACCUUAAAAAUCAGAGACCUCACUCAUUGGAUAGCUUUUCUUGUGAUGGGAGUACUGCUUCUAAUUGUUUUAGAAGCCCCAAUUUCCGGAGUCACCUUAAUAAUGGUGAUUCAUUGCAGGACGAUGAUAUUGUGGUCCAUUCAGAGAUUGGGAUUGUUACUGAAAAUCAUUUGGAUGAUUUGCAAUGUAUUCAAACAGUGAUUUCUGGCACCAGUUCAAAUGAGUCUCAAUACCAGCAGUUGUGUUUGAAUAGUAGAAUCUUGUUGGAGCUUCAGAGUAUUGGUUUAUUCCCAGAAUCUGUGCCUGAUCUGGCACAAGGAGAAGAUGAAAUUGACAAAGAUAUCUUUGAACGUAAAGAGGAGAUUUACCAACAGGUGAGGAAAAAGAAAAACCAGUUGUGCAAAUUAGAGAGAACUGUCUUGAAAAGGAGAGAAGUGGAAGAAAGGGACCGUGAGCGGCUUGCUAUGGACAAACUUGUUGAGAUGGCCUACUGCAAGCAUAUGGGUUGUCGAGCAAAUGCUUCGGGUAACAAGAGUGGGGCCAGUAAGAUUGCUAAACAUGCUGCCUUAGCUUUUGCUAAAAGGACACUUGCCAGGUGCCGAAAAUAUGAAGAUACCGGUAGGAGCUGCUUUAGUGAACCUGCAUUCAGAGAUGGUAUUCUCUUCCCCCCUUUACUCGGCAAUGACGCAACUUAUCUUGGAGAUGGGAACCCGGCAAAUCUUGACACUGAGGCAUUAGCCGCAGGUCUUAUGCCUUCAGGUCAUGUUACACGUCUAGUAGAACCUCGUGAUAACAUAGAAAAGGAUUCACCUGAUUCAUUUCAAGCCCUUGUUACAUCAUCUGGAGAACCAUUUGCAAAAGAUGAGCCAUGGUCAAAUAGAGGGAAAAGGAGGGAAGUGUUUCUUGAUGAUGUUGGUUGUGCCAGUACCCCGAGGGCAACGCCUAGUCUUUGCGACUCUCUCAUGGGCGGAGCAAAAGGGAAGAGGAGCGAGAGAGAUAGAGAUCACAAGGACAUAUCAACAAGAAGUGGGACUGCUAAAAGUGGUCGCCCAUCUUUAGGUAGUGUCAGGGGUGAAAGGAAGACAAAGACCAAGCCGAGGCAGAAGACAGCCCAAUUAUCAGCCUCUGUUAAUGGGCUUCUUGGCAAGAUUCAAGAGGACCCAAAAGGUACUUCGCCUGCUCUUCCCCAAUCGAGUGAAAAGGAUGGCAACAAAGCCAAAGGACUAGUUGCUUCUUCACGCCUUGGUAAUCACGCUUCGAAUUUGCCACAUGACACUGAGGGAGCUAUUGACUUAACGCACUUGCAACUUCCAGGGAUGGAAGAACUAGGUGUAGCUGAUGAUUUGGGUGCUCAAGGUCAAGAUCUAAGCUCUUGGUUUAACUUUGAUGAUGAGGGUUUGCAAGAUCAUGACUUUAUGGGUUUAGAAAUUCCCAUGGAUGACCUCUCAGAGCUGAAUAUGAUUAUGUGAGGAAUACUGAUGUACAUUCUUGUGCAGUACUCUAGGGUCCAGAUAAUGCAUAUUUAACAUUGUUAUCAGGAUAUGACCAACUACUGAAGCUAGCAACAGCUGGUCAGAGCUCAUUAAUAUGACACUUGAUUCUUUUAUAGGCUUCUGCAAUGAAUAUGUAGAGUGACAAAAUAUGUUUGAUGCAAUCUUGAGGAUUUUUACUACUGGAACGGAUCUCAUCAUUGCUCAUGAAGGAAACUUUCUCCCAUGAACUAGUAUCUUGGGCCUUGUAUCUUUUCCAAGCACUGUUCCUCAUUGUACAGUGCAGAGUGUAUAAUAUCUAAAAUAACCUUGAGGUUUUAAAUUUUGUUGUCAUGAUUGGUAUGUAUCAAUUUUCAGAUAUGGAAAUACAUGCAUGGGGUGUUUGCUGUUGUGGCCUUGUGUUGAUGUGCUCUAGUGAUGCUUUGUCAUGCUCUCAUAAAAAUCAUAAAAUAAAGUGGUCAUUCUCUCUCUA